GUUCGAACAGAAGACAUCGCUCAGUGAAUUAUUAACGACAUGGAAGUUCACCUGGUUUUUGCUGCAGUUUUAUUAUCUCAUGCUUCUCUGGCCUUUGCCAAUUUCGCAUACGACGGACUCCAUGGGCCACAACAUUGGGGAGAGGACUACAACGGAUGCGUGGGGAAACAUCAGUCUCCAAUUAAUAUCCAGGAGCACAUCGUCAGAAACGUCAGUUUUCCGGAACUAAAAUUCUUCGGCCUCGAGUCCCUACGGGGCUGCUACAUAGAGAACAACGGGCACACCGUAAUGCUGAAAAUGAACAAGACCGAACGCCCAUCGAUUUUUGGUGGACCACUGGGUUCUCACGAAUACGUAUUCGAGCAGCUUCACUUCCACUGGGGAGAGAAUGAUCACGAAGGAUCCGAAGAUUUGAUCAAUAAUCACUCUUUCGCCAUGGAACUUCAUGCUGUGUUUUACAAGAAGAUUUAUGGAUCUUUUCAACAAGCUAUUCAUCAUCCAGAUGGAUUGACUGUCCUUGCUUAUUUCUUCGAGGCAAGUGAAGAAGACAACCCUAACUACGCAUUAAUCGUUGAGUCGUUACCGCUCAUUGAAGCAGUAGAUUCUUCCACAAACCUCAAUCCAAUGGCUCUGGAGUCACUGCUCCUUCCAAACCCAGCAGUUCUUCAGGAUUACUUCACGUACAACGGUUCCCUUACAACUCCACCCUGUUCGGAAGUUGUGACGUGGAUCGACUUCAAAGAAGCUCUGCCACUCUCCCACAAACAGAUCGCAGCAUUCAGGAAUGUUCGGGGUCCAGAAGGAGUGAAGCUAACUCACAAUUUCCGGCCGAUUCAACCCCUGGAGGACAGAGUGGUCUACCGCAACAUUCACGUCCCAGAGGACAACGCCCACCACCAUGACUUCGGUGGUUCUGGCCAGUCUAGUUUACACGUUUCGUUGCCAAUCGCACUGGGGGCUAUGCUCCUGACAGCUCCCCCCGAAAUCUGGACCGGUGUCCUAGAUUUAUUCACAACAUUCAGAUAAUAAGGAUGAAAUUUUAUAGUAAUGUUACAGAAUGGGAUAAUCCGAAAAAGUUCACAGAGAUUAUUUUGUAAAUACUUCUGGGUUCUACCACUAAUCAACACCGAAUAAUUCACAUCCUAUUUAAUUACGGGACAACUGAACAGUUUAUUUCAUCAUAUUGACAGUUCAUCACAUUAAAAUUCACCGGUAAAAUGAAAUCGUAGAAAAAGACAUGACUGAAAUAUUUAAUCAAAAACCCAAUUUAUGCUGUUAUAAAUUCGCGGUCUUAUCAUAAUUCUGAAUUCCUUCUAAUUCUUAUAAUGAAAGCCAAUUCUUUCUGAAGAUUGAAAAAUCCUCUCGUUUCCUCAAAUCGAGGAAGUUGUUAAUAAUGGUUGAUAAAACCUAUUUUGAAUGAACCAAUUAAAAAAAGAUUAUUGAAAUUUUCAACAAAACGUCUAAUGUCAACAAACAAAAUUCCGGAAGUCAUUUGAUAUUCAGUCAUUGCAAUGGAAAUUCAAAGCUGUUGUUAAUAAAUAUAAUCCACAAUUAUGACAUAUAGUAUUCAUUAUAAAUACUGUUUCAUUCCGCCAAUUUUUUAUUGAAUAAUUGUGAAAAAUUUUCUAUGUGAUUAACUGUCAAAGUGAUGGAAAAUCCGUAUGAUGAGUCGUCCAUGUGAUCAUUUUUAGUGAUAAAUUGGCCAGUGACGUCACAAUACUGUGUUGGGUAGGCGUGCUAUUAUAACUCUGAAAGUAGUAGGUUUAGAGAUAAGUAUUAUGGGGUAUUUUUUGUAACCCACAAAAUUAUCUCCAGAAUUUUGUUUUAAUGUUCUUCUCUAGACCUCUUUACUUUAACCAUAUUUUCAAUGCAUUUCAGAAACAUUUGCUCCAAUGUUUUAGAAAUAUCUCUGAAAUUAAAGAGUUCAGAGGAUUGUCGACAGUUUUUUUAAGCUUUAUUUUUUUUUAAAGUCAAUUUUUUUCGAGACCUUUUCCCUCUAAAGGUAUUGGUGAUAUAAUCUGUAAAUUGAUUUUGCUCUGAUUUCCCUCAGUAAUUUGGAAAUCUUUCUGAAAUUAGUAGGACCACAGGAAAAUGUCAGUUAAUAUUCUUUGCGGUUAACAAAAGUAUACGAAAAAUAUCUACCGGGUCAGAGAAAUAUACUAAAGUGCAUUCUUCAUAGCCCUUGAAAUUCACCGCGAAAUCGUUUUCUGACAUUUUCCCCUGCGUCCUCCUCUCCCUCCGGAGGAGAUUUACAGAAUAAUGUGCAUACUCGUUUCGAAAUUAUCUCGGUUGAUGAUUCUAUUACUGAAUGUAAGCUCAAAACAUGACGCAUGUGCCAGGACGUUAUUCCGUAUUUGAAGUAGCUCUAUAGUUUUUAAAAAUUAGGUUAUUUUGUUUGUAAAUGAACAUUGAAAUCUAUUUUUUCCUCAUUAAGUAUAAUAAAAAUUGAGAAUUUUUUUUA